UUUCCGCUCGGCGCCGCAAUGGUGUACGGCUUUGUCAUCCACACGGUGGGGGCCGCGCCAGGCGAGGGCCCAGAGCUGUGCCGGGUCCUCUACUAUCACUGGUUCGGCUGCGGCCUCCUGGACGAGAAGCUGAGGAUGGACGAGGUGGCUUUGGAGAAGGACCGAGCCAGGAGGAUGGAUCAGAUCGCCGUGGUGGCCAGGCAGUCGGAGGCGAUGUGUCUUCUGAGGCGUCAGGCGUCCGGUCGGCCAGCCAGCGACUUUGUGAUGCACCCACAAGAAGAGCCGGUGUUCCUCCAUGAGGACGACGUUGGGAUAUAUGGCCUGGGAGUGGGGGAUCCCUUCCCUCAGGAAGUGACUGUCCUCUGGAUGGGGGCCUUCUCUCUGGGCUUCUCAUUGAUCUGUGACUCGCUGGAUAACCUGACCUUGGCUCAGAGCACGCUCAGGAUGCUGGUGAAGUAUCUGGUGGACAACCUGAAGCUCCUGACCAACAGCACCAAUGUCAUCCUCCGGGCGGACAAGAUCCUGAUGAGUCUGGACAAGUUCAUCCCACAGGGACAUCUACUGUUCCUCAACCACCAGGCCACCCAGGUGCUGGAGAAGGAGCUGAACAACGCUAUGGCCCUGUAGGUGAUACAACUGGACCACAUGACAUUCCUGGGAGAAUCCAAA